GCGUGACCUUUAAACCCCGGAAGUACCUCCGUGCUAGCUGCAGAGUUGUUGCUAGUUGUAAACACUAGCCUGCUUAAGUAACCAAAUAUUCUCUUAAGUCUUUGUAAGGGAAUCUGCUCUGAGACAUGACGUGAAAGAAGACACACCGUUAUAACGAUGCGGGUUAUUAGCCGGGCGUUGGUCCCUGUUUGCGCCUAUUCUCCAGUCAUGAUGGGGUUUUUCCUAAGAACAUCGAGCCUGAGGACGGCUCUGAGACAUCGGAGCCCUCAUCGCGCCUUCUCAUCGGCCGGCCCGACAGGGGGGUCCACUGGUGACCUCGGCAGUUCGUUUCGUACCGCCACCUCACGAAAGCUGCACUCCGGGGCGAACGUGCCCGAGCCGUCCCCUGCUGCCGCACCGACGAGGCUGCCCUUCUCCACGGUGACCGGGGACGAUUUAGCCUUCUUUGAGAAGAUCCUGCCGGGCAGAGCCAUCACUGACCCGGACCUGCUGGAGUCCAGUAAUGUGGAUUGGCUCAAGUCAGUGAGAGGUUCCAGUGAAGUCUUACUGAGACCGCAAACCACAGAGGAAGUUUCCCAAAUUCUCAAGUAUUGCAAUGGUCGUAAUCUGGCGGUUAACCCCCAAGGAGGAAACACUGGGCUAGUUGGAGGCAGCGUUCCUGUUUAUGACGAGGUCAUCCUCUCUACUGCCCUUAUGAACAAGAUCCUUACCUUUGAUAGUAUCUCUGGCAUCCUGACCUGUCAGGCAGGUUGUGUCUUGGAGAACUUGUCCAGUCACCUGGAGGAGAGAGACUACAUCAUGCCGCUGGAUCUGGGGGCAAAAGGCAGUUGCCACAUUGGGGGAAACGUGGCAACAAAUGCAGGUGGACUCCGGCUCCUGCGAUAUGGUUCCUUACGCGGCACCGUGCUGGGUCUGGAGGUGGUAUUGGCAGAUGGGCGAGUACUGGAUUGCUUGACCACACUGCGUAAAGAUAACACAGGAUAUGACCUCAAACAGCUCUUUAUAGGGUCAGAGGGCACACUGGGGGUCAUCACUGCCGUGUCCAUUCUCUGUCCACGGAAACCCAAAUCUGUUAAUGUGGUUUUUCUGGGUUGUGAGACUUUUGAUCAACUCCUGAGGACAUUUCAGCUCUGCAGAGGCAUGCUGGGAGAAAUUUUGUCAGCCUUUGAGUUCCUGGACAGUGAAUGCAUGAGGCUGCUGAAUACGCACCUCAAACUCCCCAAUCCCAUCUCUGACUGUCCAUUUUACAUUGUAAUCGAAACAUCUGGAUCCAACGCAACACACGAUGAGGAGAAACUCCACAAUUUCCUAGAGGAGGCGAUGGCAUCAUCAUUGGUUACCGAUGGGACUGUGGCAACCGAAGACUCAAAAAUAAAGGCCCUCUGGUCGAUGCGCGAACGUGUCACCGAGGCGCUGACUCACGAUGGCUUCACGUACAAGUACGACAUCUCUCUCCCGGUGGAGCAGAUCUACCAGCUUGUGACCGACAUGCGGGAGCACCUGGGGGGCCGAGCCAAGAGCGUGGUGGGAUACGGACACGUAGGAGACGGCAACCUCCACCUGAACAUCACCUCUCCUGCCAAAGACCCUGGUCUCCUCGCUGCCGUCGAGCCUUUUGUCUACCAGUGGACGGCCCGCUGUCGGGGCAGCGUCAGUGCAGAGCACGGCCUGGGGCUGAAGAAGAGGAACUACAUCUACUACAGCAAACCGAGGCAGGCCGUAGCUCUGAUGGGGGACAUCAAGGCCAUGCUGGACCCCAAAGGUAUUCUCAACCCGUACAAGACUCUACCAGAUGACCUGAAGUGAACCGAAAGGUCUCCGUUGUGGGCGGAGUUCAAGCGGGAGCUCCAUUGUAGCUGCACCGUUAUUGGCACUGGUCUUUUUAUUUAAAGCAGCUCAUGCCUGUUCCAAUGAAGCUUGUUUAGUACGAGUUAGUACAGUAAGUAAUGUCUACAUAUAUUAUAGUUUUAAAGUUGUUGUACACUUUGAUGUUGUGUGGAUUAGCUACCCACAUAUGAACUUGACUCUUGUUUAAAUAUAUACUUAAAAGAUUGUACUCGAACAUCCGCUUCUUGCAGGUCUGUUUUUUUUAGACCUGCAUUAGUUUGAGUGUUCGUCUUUCCAAACACACAACACGGGCUGGUUCAUCACAGAAAACAUACUAAAGACUAUUUUUCCCUAAACAAACCAAGUUUGUAACCAAAUACCCCAAAAUGUUUAACUCUGUUUUGAUUCGAAUCUUUAAUAAACUGAUUUCCAAAUGAA